CACAUAUUUUGAUGACGUAGUUCACAACCUCACGUUACAAAACUUUCAGAAAGUCGAAGGCAGAUGAAUAUUCUUGUCAUACCACACACAGAUAUUGCUUGAGAUCCUAGAUUGAGACAGAGGUACACAAUGCAUCCUGACUUAUCUCCACAUCUUCACAGUGAGGCAUGUAAUGUCAUCAUAGCUGAUUUACACAGGUGCCAUAAAGAGAAUCCAUUUAAGAAAUUCCUAGGUCAAUGCAACCAAAUAGAUAGAGAUCUCCAACGCUGUUUACAAACUGAGUAUCUUAGGAAGAAAAAAGCAAACACUGACCAUGCGGCAAAGAUGCGCCAAAGAAUUAAAGAAACACAGGGAAAAUCUGAAUUUCAAGUAUAACGACACAAACCUUUAGUCAAUUACAUGCAUCUUGAAUUUAUUUAUUAUGGAACAUAGAAAAGUGAAAUACGGUCGUACAUGGUGGAAGAGACAACGUAAGAAAAAUCAAACGCCAAGCAGACCAAAAUCUUGUGAUAAUGAUCAAGAUAUGAUUGUAUUAAGACAAUGGAUGCAUAAAGAUGGAUAUACAGGAUGUAGUCUCAAACCAGCCGUUUUCCCCGACACUGGACGAGGGUUGAUGACAACAAGGAAUAUUUCACCUGGAAACAUUCUCAUAAGUAUCCCAGAAGCAUUAUUGAUUACUACAGAUACAGUGCUGGAUAGUGAUUUAGGGCAAAUGAUCGCAAAUUCUAAGAUGAAGCUGAAACCAAUCCAGGUGUUAGUGCUAUUUCUGGUUGUUGAACGCUACAAAGGAAGUGCUUCACAGUGGCAACAUUACGUCGAUGUUCUACCAAAGGAGUAUACAACACCACUUUAUUUUAACCAUGAUGAAAUAAACAGCCUUAAUGACCCCAUAAAACAUCAAGCAACGGAAUUAAUUGAUAAUGUAGCUGAGUUAUUCAAAUCUACGCAAUACUCAAUCAAACACCUGGAUUAUAAGAUUGGGACUGUUUCCCUUGAUGAUAUCCUUACCUAUGACAUAUUCAAAUGGGCGUGGUGUGCUGUAAACACGCGCAGUGUUUAUAUCGAUCACAUCAAUUCUGAUUGGCUGGAUACAACCACGGAGAAAAAUCACUUCGCCCUUGCACCAUAUCUGGAUUUAAUCAACCACACUAACUCUGCUAAAGUUGAAGCAGGUUUCAACUUUGAAAAUCGGUGCUAUGACAUCAAAACAUUGGAUACUUAUAAAAAAUACGACCAAGUUUUCAUUUGUUAUAACCAGCAUUCAAAUGUUAAACUGUUCCUUGAAUAUGGGUUUAUAUUACCUGACAAUGAUUGCAGUAUUGUAUCAGUCACCCCUAGUGAUAUAUACACUAUAUGUAAGAAACUCAGUCACCUUGGAAACAUCAAAGAAAAGUUGAAGUUUCUAAAUCAAAAGGAAUUACUUGUUAACCUUGAAGUGAGUUUAAAUGGCGCUUCGUGGAAUUUGAAAACAUGUGUACUCAUUUUGAGUGCAAACACUGAGAAAAAUGAGUAUAGUUUCAUGAAAUGUGUGUACGAUUCAUCUGAUUCUUGUUACACUACAUGUAAGAUGCUGAUGAAAACUCUGCUAGAAAAUAAGAUAGAAAGUGCAGGGAACCAUGAUAGUUGUAGAAAAGGUUUUGAAUCUAGUGAGGCCCCCUUGCCAUAUAAGGCUGUCAUUAUUGACACUUUAAACGGGGAGAGGGAGAGGAUUUUGAGGUCGAAUAUUAAAAUGCUGUUAACCAAUAAAGAAUAUUUUCUAAGAGAUUAAUAAAGAGUAAUUAAA